GCACACAGUUGGUUUGGUCAUCAGCUUUCCUGAUCUACCUCAACAGCUGUGCCUCUAAACUUGCAGCCCCCCACAGUUGGAGAGCGGAUCGGAGGAAAAGAAAAAGCAUUUGCGAGUAGAACAGAGCAGUGUGACUUCACUUGGAAGCACAGGCACAGACUCAAAGCUCAGAGAGAGACAACCGAGAAGUUUGCUGCGUCUUAAGAGGGAAAGAGUCGCCUUGAACGUUCAUCCCUCUGCUAAAUAUUCAUUUUUACUUGACGCAAGAGUAAACACUGAGAAACAGGAAGAAUGCACAAGCGCACCAAGAUAAAUAUUGCCAUUUUUGUGCUGCUGGUGGGAAUGGCCUGCAUGUUCACCGCAGUGGUGACGGACUACUGGGCUGUGCUCAGCCCUCAGGUGAAGAAGGUCAAUGCAACCUGUGAAGCGGCUCACUUUGGCCUGUGGAGGCUGUGCAAGAAGCACAUCUACAUCAGCGCUGAGAACUACCAGGAGAAACAUGGAUGCGGACCCAUCAGCCUGCCAGGAGAUGAAAACUGCACUUACUUCGGCCACUUCACUCCAGGACAGGACACUGAGAUAUUUGAACACAAGACACAGAAAGAGUACAACAUCUCCGCUGCAGCAAUCUCCAUCUUCAGUUUGGCCUUCAUGAUCUUGGGAUGCCUGUGUUUGAUUGGCUCGUGCACUGGCAAAGGCAAAGGAAGACAAUACCUACUCAAACCUUCUGGAAUGUUCUUUGCAUUCUCAGGUCUGUGUUCAUUCAUCUCACUGGAGGUGAUGCGUCAGUCCGUCAAACGCAUGAUCGAGAGCGAGGACACCAUCUGGAUGCAGUACUACUACAGCUGGUCCUUUGCUUGUGCCUGCGUCGGUUUCAUCCUUCUCUUUCUCACCGGCAUCGCCCUCCUCAUCCUCUCCAUGCCACAAAUGCCCAGGAACCCAUGGGAGACUUGCAUGGAUGCCGAGCCAGAGCAAGUAGAGUGAAAAGCGGAAGGAUUCAGUAUGAAGAGCUGUCCAAAGAGAGGGAGGGUGGCUUGGAAGGACCAUGGCCAUGAUGGGAAAUUUACCUCUCAACCAUUAAAAAACUUGAACGUAGGUCUUUUGUAUACAUUUCUAAAAUAUUUACAAUGAAUAAAAAGUAAGAUCUCAUCUAUUAAACCUGUUGAUGAUUGAGAUGAUGAGUCCCUCGUUCAGAAAGAGAAAGGCUGGAGUUGUACACGCACUGGGUACGAUAUUAGGUACACCUGCACAUAUAUAAUUAUAUAAUAUUAUAUAAUAAUAUUAUAUAAUAAUAAUAUAUAAUUACAUAUAGAUGUGAGAUAAAAAUACAAAGUCUAGUUUGGAAUAUACUCUUUGUUCAGGAUGCAGUACAGUUUGACACAAUCAUAAACAUAUUGUUACUGUUUCUACAAAUAAAGUUGAGCCAAUCACAACUGAGUACAAUUAAAAAGACAGUACUUUUUUUUAUUCAGCUUUUGUAUUGGAUCAUCUUAUAUGUAUAGGCCUACCUAAUGAAAUAUCCAGCGUGUGAAUGUGGUCACAUUAGUUUAGUUUUCUCUUAUCCCCCAACGACUCAUAUGAGAUGAGAUUAUGAUGAUGAAUGUGACCGCGGUCUCGUUUGAUGACAGUUACGCCAUUUUUGUGCAUGCGGUCUGCUGCCUUAUGUAUGAUAUCUUGUACAUAUUUUAGUAUACCUCUUUUCAUUUUCGUUUUCGCAGGAUUACUCAAGCAAACACUCAACCGCACAAAAAUCAAUUAUAUUACAGAAACCAAGAUAAAAAUGGGCUCAAUUACUAAGUUUUAGAAGAGUCACGUUUACUUAACAAUGACAAAUCGAAUUGUGGGGUAAAUGAAUAUAAAGACACAAAGCUGCUUUGUGUUGCAAGCCUAAUGCUAAACAAUGAAUUUCCACACAGUGUUCAUACAUAUUUUCAAUCUUCAUGCUGUGUUAAGCUAUAGCUGUGUUUAAUUGCAAUCUGUGGUGCAUAUUGUAGCUGUCCUUUCAUUUUGUGACUUUUUUUCCUUUUUAUCCCCCCCAAAAACAUUGUUUUCUCUGAUAAAAAGAAACCCACGUUGAUACUAUACAGUAUAUGUUUUAAAAGUUUACAGAUACAUUCUACUCAAUGGAAAGUGACUAUAUGUGAGAGCAGCAACAGAUACAAUGAUUGGCUGUUUUUUUGUUAUAUACUUUUUAGGUGGCUUUGUCUGGAUUUAAUUGUUUUGUAUUGUUCUUCGAUUAAAGCAUGUGAUUUGAUUUUAGAAUGCUCUAUAUCCUAUGUGUGUAACUU